GAUGUUCAAUGUGAUAGUAUAUAUGACGUAAGUUAUGGAAAGUUGCUGUGUUUGGUGGGGUGGGUUGGGGUGUGGUGAUUGAGGGGCGGUUAAACGUUAGUCUGGUUGACAGUGCUGAUGUGUGCACACAUGUUAUCGAAUACAAAUGUAUAUAACUGAAUAUACAACCUUGACUCGAGACAUUGUUGUGUCAUCACUGGGCUGUAAUACGAUCUUACAAAGUUGGCAAAGCGGGAGUAUCAGUUAAAAAUAAAGUAUGUCAUUCCGCUUGGAUGGCCAGUCCCUGGUGUGCUGUUUGUUUGACAUGCCCUUUCUGCUUGAGAAAUCAGGACUACCCUUAAUCUUCUUCAAGGUGUACAGCUACAUGUAAGAAUCUACGUUUUGACACAUUCACAUUCACACAUUGAGCAUGGGAGUUCAAACAAGUGCUUCAGAGAUUAGAACGUUUAUGAUACAGCCUUCAUAGAAAUUGAAUGUACUUAACAUUUGUUGAUGUGCACUCUAGUCCUCCAUCACUUAGAAUUAUAAGCAGCAUAUAGUUGUCAUAUUUUAAAUUUCCUGACAGACAAUAUGCACUCAUGGUAAGGGGAUAUGAAGUCAAACCAAAGGGGCGACUACAACAGACGUCAUGUCUGGCUUAUUCAUCAUUUUUUUAAACAAAUGAUAUUUCAUCUUUACCUCGUUAUAAAAUUACAUAAACUCUGUAGUUUUUACCGAAAAAAGUAUUCGAAUAAUAAAACUAGUGGCAUAGAUCCACAUCUGACACCAAAACAAGUAUUUUUGAUAAAUAGUGUUCUUUCAUAACAUACAUGUAAGAACAAAGAACUAAAGUUUUAAAAACACUGGUCAUGAUUCGUUGCACCAGUGACUGUAAUUUAUCCCAGUAAGCAGAUAGGUCUUGUCAUAUCACGGUAUCAUUCUAAGUAAUGAUAGGAACCAGGAACAGACCACGGAGAGGAUGAUUUACAAGCGCUUCAGUUUGGUGGUUCUUUUGACGGUGCUGCAGAGUGGCAUGGGUGAAGACUACUUGGUGGCUGUGGCAUAUAAAGGCAAAGACUCGUACAUCAGGUACACAGCUGGAGAAACCGGGGGCCUGGUGGAGAUACAGUAUCCACACUUCGCCUAUAGAACAUCCUGUGAUCUCUUCAGUUGUAGUUCCCACAGUGUAAGCGAAAAGAUGCAAAUCACGAACGUUCUAGAAAAUGUAGCUAUCGUCGUAAGCGGAAGUGACGAAAAUGUAAACAUUCUGGUAGACGCUGAUGGUGUAUUCUCUCCUCUUCCCAUAUCUGCCCUUGGGACCAAGUACAUUGUACCUUCAAGUCUCGCACCUAACAGUAGUUAUCGAUCCUUGCUACUGAUAGCUACACACAACAUGAGCACUAAUGUUGACAUAAUCUUUCAAAUGGAAAAAGGAAGUGUUAACUUUGUCAAUUACGAAUAUGGUGACGGCGAUACUCUAUCCCUUAAACUUGACCCAUAUCAAACGUUGAUGAUAAACACCCCACAUGAUCUGAAUGGUACAGUAAUUAACAGUGAACACAGUGUGGCCGUCUACAGUGGUAUAGACUUUGCCUCUAAGUACACAGUGUAUGACCAACUAUUGCCUGUCAAGCACCACGGACAGGAGUAUGUUGUUGCUAUAGAUGAGACCAAACUGGAGCUGCAGAUCAUCAGUGAACACAGCCACGUGCAGAUCACGUUCAGUACCGGGGCCACAGUCUCUACUGGUGAGCGUCGUCUCUAUAACCGCUCACUUGAACAGGGAGAGAGUCUUCACUUCACCACCACACACCCAGUACUGGUGACACUCAGUAGAGCAGAUGGUUACAGCAGUGUCUUCACAACUGUACCACCUGUACACUCUUACGUCACACACAGGGGUGUCUUGCUUCAAGGCAAAAAUCUUACAAAAACAUUAAAGAUAAUAACUGUGAGGACAGCGAAUGUGUUGAUUAAAAAGAAACAACUAAACGAUCUUCUGACAUGGAUGGAUGUACCGGGCAGCAGAUACAAAGUUGGCACAGUGAAGUCAACCAGGCGGUAUACAGAUGAAAAUACGUUCAUUUCUAGCGAUAUCCCCUUCACAGGUCUGUCGUUUUAUAACGGAUCGGUCAAUAACAUCGGCUACAAUUUGUCUGCAGAGGGGGAAGUACACUAUACAGGUGAAAGUUACUUGAUGGCAGUGGCGGGAUACAAUCCCUCCCUCGACUUUCGCCCGCGGAUACUCGCCACUGCUGGGGAGACAGGAGGCCAUUGGCAGGUACAGGAUCCCAUCUCCGGGCGCGUCUGGUCUCGACGCUUCAAUCCUUACAACACAGACUACUUUUAUCCUAAUACCACAACAACCAAGGUAGUGCUUGUGCAUGUGAGAGAUGAGGCUAUUCAGAUCAGUGGCGAAAUGACAUUUUACUCACAAUUCUCUCCCCUUCCUGUGUCAGCGCUAGGCACCAAGUACAUCAUUUCCUCCUGUCUUCCCACUGACAACAUGUAUAGAAGCACAGAGUACAAAGCAGUCUUAGUGAUAGCCACACACAGCAGGGAGGUAGAUGUUGACAUUAUCUUCAGAUUGGAGGGCAACGUCACCUAUGACGACAGGACGUACAGCAACGGGGACACCCUCAGUAUCAGAUUAGAUAAGUAUCAGACUCUCUCCAUAAACAGUUCAUCUGAUAUGACCAGAACCAUUGUUAAUGCCACGGAAACAAUAGCCGUCUAUAGUGGAACAUACGAAAUGAACUACAAUGUCAUCGCUACCUACGAGCAGUUACUGCCUGUGAAACAUUAUGGCAGUGAGUAUAUUCUCGCUAUCCAAGAUACGUCUCAUUAUCGCAACAGUUCCCUGCCAUACCAACUUCAAGUUGUUAGUGACCAUAGUCACACAAGCAUCAUGUUUAAUAACGGUUCUACCGUCUCUGUGGGUAAACAUGGACUGUACAGUAAACAAUGUGGACGUUUUGAAACAUUUUACUUCAGCACCACAAGACCAACCAUGGUUACAUUGUGUACUAUUGGGACGCGUUAUAAUUUUGCGCCUGAUGGGUUAAUUGUUGUACCACCAGUAACCCUCUACUCUAAACAAACAACCCUACAAGCCCAAGGCACCAGGGCAAUAUUGACAGAUAAAGACAACAACAAUUUACACGUUCAAGAAAUCCCAAACACUCUCUCUACAGUUUUCACUCCCCCGAUAAAGUGGAAGGAAGUUCCAGGUACAAGAUACAAAGUGGGAACAUUACAAAGUGGUCAACACAUAACAGCAAUUCGUUCUAAUUCUUACUUUGCUAUCCUUGGAUACGAUACAUUUGCCAUAUACAACGGAGGAUACAAUUUUAGGACACAUCUUGAUGCAGAUGGAAAUGGAAAUGGAAACAAGUUGACUACAGAUGAUUCUUUCCAAGCAGAACCGGACAACGCGGCACUGGUCGUGGAAAUAAUCUAUGGGAUUGUUGUUGUGGCUCUCCUGGUCGUCUUUAUGGCAUAUUUGUUCUAUACCCGGGGGAGGAGGAUGCCAGUUAAUAGAGUUGCAGAACAAGAUGCCGAUGCUCCUUCGAACUCCAACAUCUACACGGUUCCUGACAGUGUCGCUUGAGGUGCAACCGAGAGCACCUACACGGAGCUACACCGUCGACAGUGCUGCCACAUAUGUUAAUUUCGACUGCGGAAAAUAACUCGAAAGUAACACAAAUUCACAGACGUGUUAUGGAAACCCAUUCUGAGACAUUAUCAUGUCUUAUUGUAAAAACGUAUAUUCUCUUCACACAUUAACUAAACAUUCAUGUUAUACUUUAUGAUCUAUGUACAAAUGUUUUACUUACCGACAUAUAUGUGAAUAUUCAGAGGUUAUGAAAAAAUAGCAUAUGUCUUAGAAUACACACAGAUAUUUAAUUGUAUUACAUUUCAUUUCAAGACGAAAGUACUGCCGCACAUAGGAGGUGAAUGUAAAUCUGCUACAAAUUGAGCAAAGAAUAAGGCAUCAACCAGGACAUGCUUCACUUACAUAGCUGUCACCAACAACUGAAAUUUAUGAAACACAGAAUGAUACAUGGCAACAUGUUCUUUCUCUUCUGAAACAAUCACUUGCCGUGCCCUUUAACGAUAUUCUUUGAUAACGGUCAGACGAGGGAGUAUUUAUUGAACGGGUUCCAGACCCCAUUUGGUUUUAUAUAUAUUAUCAUGUAAAGGAGGAUCAUUCACAAUACCGCUACAACAUGUUGAUUGUGGAAAUGGUCUCAUCGCUUUUAUUUACCAGUUGAUUAAAUCGGCAUCUAUCAAAGGCUGCUUUCACUGACAAUAAUUAACCAGAUUUGUUGUGGAGAAAACGGGUAACGCUGACCUCUGAUCAUUGGAAAAGGAAGAAGGAAUUGUUGAAACAACAUUUUUAAGCCUUAUUUUAGUUUUCAGUGUACUAUUUCACUGACUAGGCUGCAAUUGUGAAUUCGGUGAUCGAUUUGCUAGUGUCACAUGUGGGAGAAUAAGGGCAAACCGACAGCAGUAGAGAUCUUAUAACUUUUCAUUUUGGGUGAAGCAACUUAUUUUAAUCGUAAUGUUGUUUUUGCUGUCAUUUUAUUCUUGUAGUUUAUUGGGUUGUUUAGUAUUCAAUUACUUGAUUACAUACAUGUCCAUGCCACGCCGUGAUAUAACUUGAAUACUGUUGAAAGUGACGUUAAACCCAACUCACUCACUCAUUCACAUGUACAUACAGCUUAAGCACUUUCAAUUGUUUCUUCAUCUUGGAACUAGUAACCUGGAUGCUUUUGACAGAGGGUUUGGUUUAAGGUUGGUGACAAGUGUACACAUAAAGUGAAGUAGCGGUUCCUAUGAAGAUAUCAUUCAGUUAAGUUUUAAAUGAAUGUUUAAUGUGCUGAGCAUAUGUUCAUUGUAACACAAUGACUUAACGUUUAUAGUCAUUACAUAUGGUUUUAUAUAUAUUUUCUGCUUGUACUUGUGAAUAGUUAUUAUGAGGUUAUGUAAAAGGUUCAACAUAAGACUUUUCAGCAUGCGACAAACCAACUUGAUUACAAAACAGUUACAUAUGGCAGCAGGUGAGGAAGUCUUCAUGGAGCCGGUCCCAUUUGUUUUUGUAUAUAUUGCAUUAUUGCGCGGCUCCUUCACGAUAAGGCUAUGUGGUGUAUAAAGCACAUCUCUCUAAAAACCCAUUUCAAUUUGUUGUGGUGAGUAUCCUUGACAUCCAUUUCAGGGGAAAAGCACCGCACUGGGGUUAAAUCGAUGUUAUUAUAAAGUUAAGUUUAAUUGCAGUUUAGAUGUUGUAUGUUCAACAAUCUAUACCCAUCUGUGUUACUAUAUUAAUAUAGUAUACACAGGACAGAGCAAUGCGACAACAGUCUCAUGCUAGUUUUUACUUUUUCAGUUUUCUUCAUUUGGUCACAAGAGUUAGUCAGGGUUUUUUCAACAGUGAUUCAAUUAUGUCACAGUAACCUAAUGUGAGAAGAUAGCUUUGCGUGAUCGUUGAAGAUGUUAAGUCUUGACUUUUUUGUGCAGCAACCUUUUCUUGUGUUUGACCAUGCUUCUUAUGAUUUCAUUGUUUUUUGUUUACUGACACGAUUCAACAUUUAAAAUACAUUCUAAUAAUUUACUCUUGUAAUAUAUAUAGCUUUGUCAUUUAUUCAUAUAUGCAUAUCUUUUUAUCUGAUAUACUGGUAUCUCUUUCAUUUGCGUGAGGCUGUUUCUAAAUUUUAAGACCACUUUAAACAUUUUUAAAUAAUCUUGAGGCUUUUUUAAGAUGAUUUUAUUUAGAUGUGAUGUUUUCACAUGAAAUAAAUUUCAGUAAAGUAUUUCAUGAAGCUUUGAAAAGUAAUGUUUCGUUUGGAGAUUUCUGAAUAUUGAUUGUGAUUCCAAUUUUAACCUGCUAGAACCAUACAUGUUUCUUAUAUGUUUUAUUUUCUUAGAAUAAGCUUAUUUCCAUCCUUCAAUAAACUUCUUUAUAAAGC